AUGCCAGAAAUGAUGCAAUUAUUGUAUGACUAUAAUUAUCCAGUAGAAGAUCUUCAACUUGUGCUUGACUUAUUAAAGACAUGGAAGUUGGAGUUCUUAUAUCAAACAUUAGUUGAUGAAUUUAUUGAUAUAGAAGCGUUACAAAUCAUACAAAAGGAUCAUAUUAAUGAAUUGAUAUCAAAGUUUCCUAUUGGUAUAAAAGCAAAAUUUACUCAUAAACUUCAAAAAUGGCAAAAAUACAAUUCAAUUGUAAAUUUGCCGGUAAAUAAUCUUCCAUCAAUAUCAGUUCAGCAUACAACACCGUCUAUUAAAAUAUGUUUGCAAGAAGUUUUAAAUUCAACAACAACUGGAAAAAUGAUCUUGGAUUACUACAAAAACAAUAAAAAAUUAAACAAUAAUAUAAGAACUUUAUUGGUUGAUGCAAUUAUUAGUUACAUAAUAACAAAACAAAUUCCAAUGUCUGUAAAUCUGGCCUCCAGUAUUGGAUCAGAUAUUGUUGAAAUGUUUCAAACUGAAGUGAAGGAUACUUAUUUUAUGAAAGAUGGUUUGAAUAAAAAUCCAAAAGGAAAGCUAUAUUCUAAGUAUUAUAAUUCCAUGAGAACUCUUAAAAUUAGUGGUUUGGUACCCAGUAAAGAACCUUCUGUCAAAACAAUAUCACACAGAAGACAUGAUAUUGAAUUUGAACCUGAAGAUGACAUAAAUUAUAUCCUGGAUAAAAUAAUGUAUGAUGAUAGUUGCUCGUUUCCUGAACUUGAAAAUUUGUGGAAACAAACCACAAAACAUAGACUAUGUGAAAUUCAAAAAACUUCCUCUACUGCCGAAAUUCUUCAAAAAUGGAAGAGUUAUACUCAACCUCUUGGUUAUAGACUUAUUGAUAUUGAUUUUAAUACACUUUACCCUGAUUGUCCUGAUCUUAAAUGUGUAUUGGAAAUGAAGUUUCAAAAAGUAAUUGAAUUAUUAAACGAACAAACUAAAGACAUAGCUAGUAAAAAAUUACUGCAAAACCUUAAUGACAAUAUAACUACUAUCAGUGAAAAUGAAAAACAUGCAGUCCUGUUUUAUUUACUGCAUUCAAUUUUUGUUCCAACCAGUAAGAAAAUAACAAGAGACGAUAAUGGCAAAAAAAACCUGGUCAAGUAUUCAAUAAAGGAUAGUCAAGACAGUUUUAUGAUUUUCAAAUCCUCAAUAGCUGAAAUUGAAGAAUAUAUAACUAAGCGUCGUAAUGAAAAUACACUGAUCCAACCUUUUAUAUUGAUUUGUGGUACUCCAAGCAAACCUAAAAAAAUAAUUGUAUUUUUUGAUUGUAUACAAUUUAAACUUUUUUCGAUAUCAUCUGCAAUUGAUGUAUGCUUUAAAAUUUUUCAUAUUUUCAAUUUAGAAUAUCCACCACAAUCAUCAAUUGUAUGGCUUUUUAUUCAAAAAUAUUUUUAUUUACUCAGUACAAAAUAUGAUAAAGCCUAUCAUACAUUGGGCCAGAUUUUAUCAGAUUUAAACACUGCAGAAUGA